UGGAAACUGAACAAGGUAUUAGUGGUAAUAAUUUUGAAUUCACUGAUGGAACAUUAUAUUCUAAAAAGAAUAAAGUCUGUUACUUCUACCAUGUCAUAAAGUGCACAUGUAAAAGCACAUAAUGUAUGCAUUAUUCAAAAAGUCCAGCAUUGCACUCCAUUAUUCAAUAUGUGUUUACGCCUCACGCUUUAAGUCACCCGAUGAAACCGCAUAGGGCACGUUUAACAGAUGACUUACUUAACGCUUACGGAACAAAGUGUUAUAUGGAUCACUUGAUACCUGCCACGCCAGAUUUUGAAAUGUUAACUCAGUUCCAUUCAAAAGACUAUCUUGAAUUUUUACAGUGUCUGAAUUCUGAAAAUGUGGUGGAUUAUGCGGAUCAUAUAGAAAAAUUUAAUGUGCGAGAUGAUUCUCCCGUUUUCGAUGGUCUUUGGGAAUUCUGUCAAUUGUAUUGUGGAGGAACUCUUGGUGCAGCUCAAUUGUUAGCGUGUGGAAAAUAUCAAUUUGGUAUCAAUUGGAGUGGCGGUUUACAUCACGGAAAAAAACAUGAAGCCUCCGGUCAAUUGAUACAAUUGUUGCAUUCAUUUUAUUUGUAUUCUUGUUACCAACUGAUAGGUUUUUGUUACCUUAACGACUGUGUUUUAGCGGUGUUGGAAUUUUUAAAACAAUUUCAGCGUGUGGCGUAUGUCGAUAUUGACAUCCAUCACGGUGAUGGUGUGGAAGAAGCUUUCUAUAUGUCUUCCAGGGUUAUGUGCGUAUCCUUUCAUAAAUAUGGAGAUUACUUUCCGGGCACCGGGGCUCUUUAUGAUAUCGGUGCAUCCGGUGGUAAAGGUUUCUCCGUGAAUGUACCCCUUAAGGACGGAAUGACUGACAAGAUGUUUGAAAUUCUAUUUAAACAGGUGAUGGACUUGGUGUUCACGUAUUUUUCACCGGAUGCUAUUUUAUUACAAAGCGGUGCUGAUUCUUUAGCAGGAGAUCGGUUAGGAUGUUUUAAUCUUACCGUAUCCGGCCAUUCGACCGCUGUAAAUUAUCUCUCGAAAAAAAAUCUGCCACUUUUGGUUCUUGGUGGUGGUGGCUAUACGCUACGAAAUGUACCAAAAUGUUGGGCUGUGGAAACGGGAAUACUAACGGCUGCACCACUUCCACUACAGAUACCCGAAACGUCCAAGUAUCGGUAUUACUACGGUCCCGAGUUCACAUUAGAUGUACGUCCAUCAAAUAUGAUAAAUCUAAACACAACCAAAGCACUAGAAGACAUUGUUCGACAAAUCAAUGAAAAUUUACGCAAUUAUGUUUUUCCUACCUCGACUCAAAUCUAUGGAUCUAAUGAUGAGUCACGUGCUCAAGAUUUGUUACCUUUUUAUAUGCGAACUUUGACGAAUGAAGAUUUCAAUGAUGAAACCCACCACGAUGUGGAUUUAAUCUGAGGCGUGUCGUGUUUCUCGAAUAGAAGGCUAGAUUUUAUUUUGGACUCGGGCCCAUUUGUUUUCCAGCUUUAAUGAUUUCAUCGACUAAUAGAAGUUGUUGUGAAAGUCCUACAGCUAAAGUUAACAUUUGAUUUUUAACGCAAUAAUUGUCCCAAAUUCCUAAACAAUAACAAAACAAUCAGAGAACAUUGUUGCAAAAUAUAUGCAAUCUUAUAGAACAA